CUCUGGUCACUUAUAACUGAUGUAGGUGACACAAACUUAAUUAUUGGAUUUUUUUUACUGGCCUCUUGAUUCCACUGUGACAAUUAUAGAGUCAUUUGAAGAAAGUCAACAGUCUUCUUUAUCUUUACAGAUAAUUGGAAAAACUGAUAGCUGACCUCGGGAAAGAUAAGUUCUGAUUCCGUAGAAAUGUUGGAACACAUGAGGCAAUACUGUCCAUAUGACUUAACUUAGAAGAAGGUGGCUGGUGUCAUGUACAGGGAGUGAAAGGCUAUUUACAAGUUGUACAGAAACCAGAUGGCUGUUAUUGGAGUUGAGGGGCACAAAAAGGAAGCAGUGGUUGAGCAGGGAGUGAGACAUGGUUGUAGCCUAUCCUGGAUGUUAUUCAAACUAUACAUUGAGCAAGCAGUAAAGGAAAUGAAAGAAAAAUUCGGAGUAGGAAUUAAAAUCCAUGGAGAAGAAAUAAAAACUUUGAGGUUUGCCGAUGACAUUGUAAAUCUGUCAGACAACAAAGGUCCUGGAAGAGCAGUUGAAUGGAAUGGAUAGUGUCUUGAAAGUAGAAUAUAAGAUGAACAUCAACAAAAGCAAAAUGAGGAUCAUGGUAUGUAGUCGAAUUAAAUCAGGUGAUGCUGAGGGAAUUAGAUUAGGAAAUGAGACACUUAAAGUAGUAAAGCAGUUUUGCUAUUUGGGGAGCAAAAUAACUGAUGAUGAUGGAAGUAGAGAGGAUAUAAAAUGUAGACUGGCAGUGGCAAGGAAAGCGUUUCUGAAGAAGAGAAAUUUGUUAACAUCGAGUUUAGAUCUAAGUGUCAGGAAGUCAUUUCUGAAAGUAUUUGUAUGGAGUGUAGCCAUGUAUGGAAGUGAAACAUGGACAAUAAAUAGUUUAGACCAGAAGAGAAUAGAAGCUUUUGAAGUGUGGUGCUGCAGAAGAAUGCUGAAAAUUAGAUGGGUAGAUCACAUAAUUAAUAAGGAGGUACUGAAUAGAAUUGGGGAGAAGAGAAAUUUGUGGCACAACUUGACUAGAAGAGGGGAUUGGUUGGCAGGACAUGUUCUGAGGCAUCAAGGGAUUACCAAUUUAGUAUUGGAGGGCAGCGUGGAGGGUAAAAAUCACAGAGGGAGACCAAGAGAUGAGUACACUGAGCAGAUUCAGAAGGAUGUAGGCUGCAGUAUGUUCUUGGAGAUGAAGGAGCUUGCACAGGAUAGAGUAGCAUGGAGAGCUGCACGAAACCAGUCUGUACUGAAGACUAAAACAACAGUCCUAAUUCAAUGAGCAGGGGGCCAAGUGCCAUCUCUUGCUGCCCCUCCCCCUUCUCCCCACCCCUUCCAGCUGCCAAUGGUUAUUAUACUCCUCUGCAAUGGCAGCUGCUGUGUGAGAGCACAAGAGCAUGUGAACAUGUCAGCUUCUGA